AUAUCGAUACGGAGAACUCUGACUCUGAGAUUGAACUUGUCCCCGGCGCCAUUAGAUCUUAUACGGCUGCCCAUGAACAUGCUGCAGACAUUCGAGCCGUAGCGCAGUUUGAAAGGCUGACAUUAGCGGUAGAUGGAUGGGAUCUCAGUACGACUCGGUAUCAAUACAAACAGCUUAUUGCACCUGACGAGUUUCGACUUUUGCGCGUCUAUCCUUGGGAGAAACAUUCACAGACAGAUGAUGGCGACUUAAUGCUCCGCUGCGAGCUCAUCCAUGUGAGCCUGAAUUCAUCGCCUAGCUGUGCUGCCGUUUCAUAUACCUGCGGGAAUCUACUCGAGUAUAGUCCAAUUUUUCUUCAGGGACAAGAUGGACAGCAUCACAUUAUGAUCACCAAUUCUUUGUUCGCCCUUAUCUCCCGAUUGAGUAACGACGAGCCUUUAGAUAUUUGGGCUGAUCAGAUCUGCAUAAAUCAGCAUGAUCUUGAUGAGCGAGGCAACCAAGUCAAACUGAUGGGACGAAUUUUUAAAGAAGCAGAGUACACCUUUGUGUGGCUUGGAGGCUCUGACGAGAAUACCGACGUCACCUUCAGUCUAAUCGAUAAGCUUUCCUGCGAUGGCCUUGCUCUGGUUACGGCAUUCGAUCUGUUGCAACAAGGGGAUCUUGAUACUCUCCAGAAACUUCUCCGUACCCGUAGCGUCGAUUGCGAUAAUACUAAUCCAGGUUGGACCGCGAUUAAAAACUUAUCUCUGCGGCCCUGGUUCACGCGCCUUUGGACUUUUCAAGAGUUUGUUGUCUCACAGAAUGUCGUCUUCUUAUGCGGCAGGCAUCAUUGUUCUGAAUCGAACUUGCUUCGAGCAUUUUAUGCCACCCAAUUGGUCCUUAACAAUUGGACAGGAGGCAUGCUGAAUACUCAGUUACUAUUUUUACGUAGAAGCCGCUAUUUGCAGAAGCUUUAUAUCCCAUUGUUGAAUUUACUUUUGGAUAUCGGUGAAAACGAAUACCACUGUACGGACCCCCGUGAUCGGAUCUAUUCUUUGCUUUCCCUUCAGAUAUCUGAUUCACCAUGCGUUAUCGAUGUCAGCUAUAACACUUCCAUCACCGAACUAUUUACGCAGUCUGCGCGAGAGAUAAUUAAGAGUUUGGAAACUCUAGACGUUUUCUCCUGGAGGCGUUUUAGCAUGCUGGAUGGCCUUCCCUCAUGGGUGCCGGACUGGAGCCGUGGUAUGUCAGGGUACCAAUCUCUUAACGAUAGUCGUAUGAGCUUCUCCAGCUCUUGUGGCUUGAAGCACAUAUUCAAAGAGUCUCCGAAAGAGCUUCUUUUUGUCAGAGGAAAGAUUGUUUCAACACUUGCGAGAGUGGCGUCGCACAGAUUCUCGGAAUAUGCAGAGCAGUAUAAUAAUAGAGAUCUCGAGUCUUUCCUUGGAUCUACUACCCUAAUGCCUCAGGUGCUCAAGGCGCUUGAUCAAAAUCAGGAUAAGGAUCACUCGAGGAUAGAAGGAGAAAGAACGCAUUGGAUUUGGCUGAUUGCAACAACCGUCACCGCUGGACGCUUUGAGCAGGAAGAUGAGGCUAGUCUCCACACAGAUAAAUCUGAAUAUGGGACUGAGAUUGCCGUCGUCAUUGAACGUUGUGGUCCUUCAUUUGUCCGGUCAUUGCGAAAAUGCUUCGGAAGGAAAAUUGCAAUGUUGAACAGUCAUGCUAAUCCAUUAGGCCUCGUUCCUGACUUUUCCCGAGCAGGCGAUCUUGUUUGCUUACUGAAUGGCUCGACAACACCUAUGAUUAUUAGAGCAGAUGGCGAUUAUUAUGAAGUGAUUGGAGAAUGCUAUGUAAAUGGGAUCAUGUACGGUGAAGCUGUAGAUUGGAGUCAAGAAGAAGGAGAUCUAUUUAUAAUCAAGUAGAAAAGUUUAGACUUUGAGAUCAAGGAAUGCACACAAGAAGUGCUGUAGAAUGAUUACUCUAUCAGAAGUAACUGUGGGAGUUCCUUCAAAUUUCGGAACACUAAAGAGAAAGUCAAUCAAG